AUGUCUUUAGUUUGCUUGCCAGGAGAGGAUCUCAGCGAUCGGAUACCAAAGGAUAACACGAGAAUCGUUGGUUAUGGCAUCGCUCGUGAUCCCGAUAAUGAAAAGUUGAUUGCGCGACAACCGGGGAUCUUCAGACGUGAAGGGGAGAAAUGUUGGAUAAGUGUGCAUUCCAAAAGGUACGUUGCUGAGAAAGGAGAUCGAAUUAUUGGAAUUGUAACGGGCUCUGCUGGUGACUAUUACAAGCUUGAAAUCGGAACGCCCGAGAAUGCAACGAUAUCAUUCCUGGCGUUCGAAGGGGCAACAAAACGUAACCGUCCUGAUCUGAAAAUUGGUGAUGUCGUAUACGCGCAGGUGAUGGAUGAAUUCGCUCACGCGGACGUGGAGCUCACAUGUGUCGACGCAGUAUCAAGAGCACGUGGAUUAGGCGUUCUCUCAGGCGGUUUCUUAUUCAAGGUCUCUUGCAACCUGGCUCGGAGACUUCUGUCGAGUCGGUCACAGUUGCUGAAACUUUUGGGAAAAGAUUACAAGUUUGAAAUUACUGUUGGACUAAACGGUCGAGUCUGGCUGAAAGGAGCCGUGCAUAAAGAGGGGAGUGGGAUGGUAUCGAGCAGCCUGGUAGAGCAGCGUCAAGCUGAGGAUAAGGCUGCAUGGGAUGCUUACUGGCAACUUCGUGACCUUGAUAGUCGUGGGACGAUUUUCCCACGAAUGAGAUAUUAUGUCCAUAAGGCUUUCGAUGCUCCUGCUACUUGGUUUAGAGAAUCGAUUGUUGAGCCUAUCAAUAAUAGGAACCGUUUGCCAUAUUACCAGCGUAAGUUGACUCGUGUGCCGGAAAUAGACGAGUGUGGAGUUAACGAUAAGGUCAUUGAGGAUUUAGAAGAAAAUGAGUUGAACUUCUUCAUCAAGUAUGGUGAACUGGGCUCGGAAGCUGAUGUUCGCGAUGCGUACAUGAAGCAAAAACAUCGACUCAUCUGGGAACGGCGCCAUCCGGAGAUCAUGGAAGAACGACAGAAAGCCCUGAGAGAACACAAGGUUACUUUCUUGGAUCACCUUGCUUUUCCUUCUUUUCUAUUGAAAAAUUGGCAAAUGGCGAAUUCGAUUACUCAUUUUGGAAAGAAGGGUAUGUUCUGGCAGGACAAGAAGAAGUACGAACCGCCAUAUGAGUUCUAUUUGUCGAAAUCCACCCUUGAAGGAGAUAAACCUCUGUCUAAGGACUGGCAGUAUUACAAAAAGGUAUGUCGAGAAGAUCCAGAGUUUGACAAAGAACAGGGAAAGAAGUCUUCAUUUAGCCUUUUCUAG